AAGAAACUCAAAUUUGCACGAAUCUUGAAUUUCUAAUAUCAAAAUCUAAAAAGUGCUAAAAAACUACUGUAACAAUGGGCGAAUCAGCAGGGUCAAUCAUUUCUGAUGUUUCACACCAGAACAUUGACACAUGGCUCCGGCCGUCUACCUUUACAAAUGAACUGGAAGAGUCUGUUAGAGGCCAUAUCCACCAAGAAUUGACCAGCUGGCUAUUCUACCGAAAGCUCGCGGCGGAUUGUUCACGAAGCAAUCUCGCUCUACACGGGUUUGCCAUGCUAUGGGAAAGGAGUGCCUGGGAAUGUCUGCUUGACAUGAACUGGUUGGAAAAGUACCUCGUCACUCGCGGAGGACGCUCGAAACCCACCAACAUCGAGGCGCCAAAAAUCGAUUUCCCAGAUUCACCUGUUGAGCCUGUUGGACCCUGUCGGGAAGCUUUCACAGUCCAGAAGAAGCUCUUCGAAGAUCUGCAGCGGUUGGUUACUUUGGCCGAAAAACAACAAGACACUGCCUUAGUGACAGCCAUAGAGUCACGAUACCUACGCAAACAUGCGAAGCAUUUGAAGAACCUUGGAGAUCUUGUACAGCAAGUGGCUCGAGUCUCAAAGCAGCAUGGACUCGGUCUAUAUCUUUUGGAUUCAGAGUUGCGUCGUCAUAAUGGUGUUAUUCCGUGGAUGUCCCUGAAUGAUCCUGAUAGUCAUUUUGAGAGUGUCAGUGUUCUUACAAAGAAGAUCAAUGAGGGACUUGCGCUUGAUGCACAUGCCGCACAUCAUCAAGGAGGAGCGCAUGGAGCGAAGGGCUCUGGACAUUAGCUGUAUCUAUAGAAGAAUUUUUGUACCUAUAUUGUCAAGGAAAUGGACCUCUCUUCUCCUUA